AUGGACAAAUGCCAUUUGAAAAGUGGAAAGAGUCUGAUUCUGGACAACAGUGUGGAUGCCACCCUUGACCUCAGGUCCAGACACGACGUGCAAACAUGCACAUCUUGGAAAGCUCCCAUCAUGUGGGAGAGGAUGUUUGAUCCUGAUCUUUACGACCAGAUGCACAAGAAGUCAGGAUCAUCUGUGGCUCUAACUGUGUUUGCUGUAGGCAGGUACCUGGAUGCUUACCUCAAGACCUUCCUGAACUCAUCAGAACGUCACUUUAUGCCGGGUUUGCCGGUGACAUAUUAUGUGUUUACAGACUUGCCGGAAAAGGUGCCAGACAUCAGGCUUGCUCCUCAGCGAAGCCUGAAGAUGAUCAAAGUGGAGAGGUACUCCAGGUGGCAGGACAUCUCCAUGAUGCGAAUGAAGGCUAUAUCAGAUGUCAUAGAGUCGGAUAUUCGCCAUCACCGCACGCACGUCUUCUGCUUUGACGUGGAUCAGGUGUUUACUGGGAGAUUUGGCUCAGAGGCUCUGGGUGAUUCUGUGGCUCUGCUCCACGCCUAUUACUACCACCUUCCAAAGACAUUUUAUACCUAUGACAGCAACCCGAAGUCCAAAGCAUACAUGAAAACUGGGGAUUUCUACUACCACGCUGCCGUCUUUGGAGGCUCGUGGAAAAGUGUGCAAGCUUUGACUGACGCCUGCUACCAGAGCAUCAUGGAGGAUAAACAGAAUAACGUGGAGGCUUUGUGGCACGAUGAGAGUCAUCUAAACAAAUACCUGUGGUUACACAAGCCAAGCAGGGUGCUCUCUCCUGAGUACUGCUGGGACACCAGUAUCGGCUACAGAGGCGACAUACGAGUCACCCGACUAGUGUGGGCACCAAAACAUUAUGGUAAACUACGCACACCCUAG